AGAAGGCGGAGCUACAGUUGCUGGAGGGAGCCUCAGGCUUUCUGCAGGCGGCGGCUCCGUUGUAUGUAAGUCUGGGAAGAGAAGCGCGUGGAAAUGGUGCUGGAGAUCUAUCUGGACCUCUUCUCACAGCCGUGCCGCUCGGUUUACAUCUUCGCCAAGAAGAACGGCGUCCCGUUCGAGUACAAGAGCGUCUCCUUGCUGGCAGGUGAGCAGUACGGUGAAGAGUUUGGUAAGAUCAAUGUUCUGAGGAAAGCACCUGCAAUCCGGGAUGGAGACUUUUGCCUGGCUGAAAGCGUCGCCAUUAUGACCUACUUGGCAGAGAAGUACAAGACCCCAGAUCACUGGUUCCCGGCUGACUUGCAGAAGAGAGCGCAGGUGAAUGAAUAUCUGUCCUGGCAACACUCGGCCAUGCGUCCCCACGGGUCAAAGAUAUUCUGGCUUAAGCUCAUGAUUCCAAGGGUUAUGGGCACUGAGGUUCCUAAGGAGAAGAUGGAUGCAGCUUUAGAGGAUCUCGAUGGCACCCUGAAGCUCUUUGAGGAGAAGUUUCUUCAGGACAGGCCUUUCAUUGUGGGUGACCAAAUCUCCCUGGCUGACCUGGUCGCUAUUGUGGAAAUCAUGCAGCCAGUAGGUGCAGGUCUGGAUGUGUUUGAGACGAGGCCCAAACUGAGUGCUUGGCGGGACCGCGUUAGGGAUGCGAUUGGCGCCGAGCUGUUUGAUGAAGCCCACCAGGGCAUCCUCUCAUCCCAGGAAUCGGCUAAAAGCAUGGACAGCAGCAAACUGCAGCAUUUUAAAGCCAGGAUCCUCAAAAAGUUCCUCUGAAAACAAAAAGGUGGAUCAAAUUGAGGUUUUCUAACAGAUUGUGUUUGCUGUCGGUCAUAAGUGGCAUUUUACAGAAGACAGAAAUAAUCAAAUGGAAAAGUUAAAAAGGCAAAUGAUCUAUCAAUGAGUCAUUUUUAAUGUUUUCUCAUUCCAAAGUCCAUUGGAAUGGACUUGGAUUAACCUUUACUAAUGUUUUUACAUGUUCUUGUUCAAACAGACUUGGGAUGAACUUUAACACUUUUUCAUGUGGUGUUACAAAUAGAACAUCUUCAGUGCUCACAGCAAUAAAGACUUUAUGAAAGAUC